GAACCCAUCAGUUCGGUCUCCGAUGGGCAGACAGCCGAGAGCGACGGGACUCGCUGCCAGCGCCCUGAAACAGCCGGCGUUCCGGCUACCUGCCAGGUCGACCUGCCUGCCAUGGCUCCCUCUGAGAUGUCGAUCCUCUGGAACCAGCUGACAGUUCUGGGAGCCAUGCAGAUCCUGCUCGGAAUGGUCCAGCUGGUCUUCGGCGUGUCCCUGUACGUGUCCAUGGUCUACUCGGUGGCCGGGAAGUCCGGCGUCUCCUUCUGGACCGGAUUCUGGUUCAUCGUCUCGGGCGGUUUCACCAUCCAACUCAGGAGACAGCCCACGAGGUGGAACGUGAAGGCUGGCGUGGUCACCAACGGGGUGAGCAUCGCGGCCACCGUCAUCGCAGUCAUCAUGUACUCGGUCUCGCUGCUCUUCAUGCCGCCCCCCGAACAGGUGUACUUCUCGGCCACAACCUUCUCUCUGAGCGUCGGCCUGCUCCUCUUCACCCUGAUGGAGAUGAUUUUGGCCUCCGUCGUCGCCUUCUACAGCUACAAGCGCCUGUUCCAGUUCGAGAGCACCUACACCAUCCUG